ACGCAUGGAGAUGCUCAGAGCAUCUCUGGGCACCGCGUUGCUCCUCGAUGCCCCCUUGGCUAGGGCUGGAUUUGCCCUUCCCUGGGGUGUAUUCAGAUGCUGAAACCCUUCCCUUGCUGCUCCGGCUGGCUCCAGCCCGCGCGGGUCUGGCCACCUUCUCAAGGUCGUUUUUAAUGAGCUUGUUUGCAAACUCAUUUCCACCACAGCACUGGCACAGCCAGCAGCAGCGAGCCGAGCAGCCCCGGACCCCCAAGAUACUCCCGAGAUGGAGUCCCCCAGCCCAGAGCAGGAAGAGGAGAAGGUUUUGGUGUCGAAGCACAGCUGGCAGCCCUGCCCCAAAGCCCGCAGGAGGCUGCGAGGGUGCCUGGAGGUGGUGAAGGGGCUGCUCUUCCGUGUGGGUGAGGACUGGUAUUUCCUCUUUGUCCUGGGGGUCCUCAUGGCCACCAUCAGCUUCAUGAUGGACCUCAUCAUCUUCAGGCUCUACGAAGCCCACCGCUGGCUGUACCAAGAGGUUGGCGAUUAUUUGGUGCUCAAGUACCUCUCGUGGACCAUCUACCCCGUUGCCCUGGCAGCCUUCUCCUCUGGCUUUGCCAACAGCAUCACGCCGCAUUCGGGAGGCUCUGGCAUCCCCGAGCUCAAGACCAUCCUGAGCGGCGUGGAGCUGGAGGAAUACUUGGCCAUCAAAAAUUUCGGGGCCAAGGUGGUGGGGCUGACCUGCACCCUGUCUGCUGGCAGCACCGUGUUCCUUGGCAAAUUGGGUCCCUUUGUUCACCUCUCCUCCAUGGCUGCAGCUUAUCUGGGGAAGAUGCGGGCCACGGUGAUAAGGGAGUAUGAGGACAGAUUCAAGCGGAACGAGAUGCUGGUGGCCGCUCAGGCUGUUGGCGUGGCCACUGUUUUUGGGGCUCCCAUCAGCGGGGUGCUGUUCAGCAUCGAGGUGAUGUCGUCCCACUUUGCCGUGCGGGAUUACUGGCGUGGCUUUUUCGCUGCUACUUGCGGUGCCUUCAUGUUUCGCCUCCUCGCCGUCUUCAACAGCGAGCAAGGCAAGGCAGGGCAAGGCAGGGCAGGGAGAGCCCUGCAGUGUCUUUUGCCCCCCCCCCCCUCCCCAAAAAUUCACACGCCCCUUCCUUCCUCCCCAGAGACCAUCGCUGCUCUUUUUAAGAGCGACCUCAAGAUUGAUUUCCCUUUUGACCUGCCAGAGACUUUCUUCUUCAUGAUUUUGGGGGCCAUCUGCGGAGCCGUCGCCUGUGCCUACCUCUUCUGCCAGCGCUGGCUGCUGGCAGCCGUCAAAGAGAACCGGCUGACGGGCAGGCUGCUGGCCACCGACAAGCCCCUGUACACAGCACUGGUGGUGCUGCUGCUGGCGUCCAUCACCUUCCCUCCAGGCCUGGGCCAGCUGAUGGCCUCCAGGCUGUCCAUGAAGGAACACCUCAUCUCACUCUUCGACAACCGCUCCUGGUUCAUGCUGGCCCAGAACAUUUCGAUGGCCACCACCCAGCUGGGGGGCCCACGGGGGCUGUGGCAGGAGUGGUGCCACCCGUCAGCCACCAUCUUCGGUACUUUGGUCUUCUUCCUGCUGAUGAAGUUCUGGAUGCUGACCUUGGCCACCACCCUGCCCCUGCCUGCUGGCUACUUCAUGCCCGUCUUCAUCUAUGGAGCGGCCAUCGGGCGGUUGCAUGGGGAGGUGUUGGCCUUGCUCUUCCCCCGUGGCAUCCGCGCAGAGGGCACCGCGUACCCCAUAGUCCCAAGCGGGUACGCACUGGCCGGCGCUGCUGCUUUUUCGGGUGCCGUCACCUACUCCAUCUCCACGGCCCUGCUGGUGUGUGAGGCCACCGGCCACAUGGCCCACGUGCUGCCAGUCGUGCUGACUGUGCUGGUGGCCAACGCCAUCACCCAGAAGUGGCAGCCCUCCUUCUAUGAUGGCACCAUCAUCGUCAAGAAGCUGCCCUACCUGCCCCGCAUCCGCAGCCGGCACAUAGCCUCGUACCGGGUGGUGGUGAAGGAGUUCAUGGAGCGGCAGGUGGUGGCCGUGGCUAAGGGUGAUGGCUUUGAGGAGGUGCUGGCGGCCCUCAAUGCCACCACCGAUAAAGAAUACCCAGUGGUGGAGAGCAAAGAGUCAUCCACACUAGUGGGCACCAUCAGCCGCGCCAAGCUGAUUGCCUUCCUGCAGAGCCACGAGCACCCAGAGGCACCGCCAGGGCCGCUGCAGGAGAAGCCAGCCUCAACGGGGACACUUGGGGAUGACUGUGCCAUCGAGCCCAUUGUACUGCAGCUGUCGCCAUGGACCUCACUGCACCAGGCACAUCACCUCUUCGAGCUGCUGAAACUGCAGCGUAUCUUCGUCACCCGCUAUGGGGAGCUGGUGGGGGCUGUCACACGCGCCGAGCUGCGGAGAGCCAUAGAGGAGCUGGCCAAGGACGCGUGACCGCCCAUCCCGCUGCUGUGUUAAUUAAAUGGCUUUUGGGGUCA